AUGGUGCGCAAACGCGUACGAUACGGCUACGUCUGCACCGGAGAAGCCUUCAUCUUUGUGUACAUCCCGGACGAUCCGUCUUCAGUUCAGUGUGCGCUUUGCAUACCGGAUCGGGAUGUCAAGGGGACCGACGAUGAUGAUCUCCAGUGGACAGCCGUCGCGCAGGUCCUGGCAUUCACCAUCAGAGCAUUGACCUCGCCACCAGUUCCCCAGCAGUGGAGCGAUGCCGCUGAUGGGCUUGAUGUCUGGCCCGUGGAGUAUUCCGACAUCCUAGACCAGACUCCACCUGCCGCUCGCCUGAAACAUGCCUCCCCAUUGUACCGCGGCAGACGCACUCGCAACCUUUCUCCCUUCAGGAUGACGCUGCGAUCCGGAUGUCGGCCCUCUGAAAACAAACCUCGACCGACAAGCUCCCCCUCGCCGUCUCCUCCCCCAUCCCCUUCCCUUACACCGCACUCCGGCCUCCGUGGCCGAACCAGAAGGGGAGGUUCCACUAGGUCAGAUGGAAGGUCCACAGGCGUACCGGCACCCGGCAAACCCAGCGAUACCAGGCGCAUGUCCAAUGUCAUCCACACACCGGCCAUCAAGGACCGCCCAUACUGUUCUCAGCAAUGUCUUCUUGCGCUCAGGGACGGCAGCCCAUUUGAUCCCUCCUGCCCCAAUUACCAGGACCAUCGGAAGGGUCACAUGAAGGUGGAAGACUUCCGUUCUCAUAUCCGGAAACAGCUCGCUAGGGACCGUGGCCCGGAUGCCGACUGUCGUCCGCUCUACAAGGCAGGAAGUUGCGGCACACUGCUCAAAGUGAGACUUUCGUCGCAUGGGUACACCUUGGUCGCCAAGGCCGUGGAAUCCAAGGAUAAAGAUAAACUCCAGCAUGAAAGGAAGGUCUACAAUCAGCUCCGAGACCUCCAAGGCGAAUGCAUCCCGGUCUGCCUUGGCGUUGUCAAAUUGGAGCCAAAGCGCCCCUAUUACCAUGAAGAAAAAAUCCACACCCAUAUUUUACUUCUGAGUUGGGCGGGAGAAUCGAUCGAAAAAGCUGGAACGCUUAGCCCCGCGAAUAAACGGUCCACGGUAUGCCGUGCCCUCCAAGCCAUUCACUCGAGGGGGAUUCUCCAUGGCGACGCGGAGCCGCGAAAUAUACUAUGGGACCAGGCCUGCGAACGUGUGAGGGUGGUUGAUUUUGAACUAGCCACUAUACAGCGGCCUCUCUCCGAUGUGUCCACCAACGUUGCAAGAAAGAGGAAAGUGAUGUCAACUUGUUUCAGCAAAGAGCUUCAACACAUCGAGACUGUCUUUGGGAUACAAGACUUGAAAUGA